AUGCAACACACUCUAGACAACUCGCUCCAAAAGACUACCAAGACCUGGCGGUCCACAAAGGCCACCGCUAACGAGAAAAUCCGAGAGGUCGAGCAUCAGGUUGCAGAGACCUGGGAUACUGCGUCUAGGGCGGCGAUUGAGGGUGCAAAACGGUUGUUGCGGUUUGAGGAGUUGCCCGAGGAGUGGCAGAUGAAUCCGUAUAUUCUUACUGGUUACCGCUUCUUAUCCUCAAAGCGCCAAUGCCUCAAAAGCAUCUUCCACAUCCACAACGAGACCUGCAACAUCUGGACCCACAUGCUCGGCCUCCUCGGCCUCAUCUUCCUCUCCCUCCACAUCCACACCACCGUCCUCGGCAAAUCCCCAACAACAACCCUCUACGACCAUCUCGUCUUCUUAUUCUUCUUCUUUGCAGCAGCGGAAUGUCUCAUCUCUUCAACCCUCUACCACACUUUUUUGUGCCAUUCCCGACUCACCGUCAUGCGUUGCGCCGCCACAUUCGACUAUAUCGGAAUCGGUGUCCUGAUCACAGCCUCCGUGAUGGCGACACUGCACUAUGGAUUCUUUUGUGACACGACCGAACGUUGGAUGUUCCUGUCCUUCUCGGGUGGGAUGGGAAUCGUAGGAUGCAUCAUCCCCUUCUACCCAAAAUUCGACCUCCCUUCCUUCCGCUACUUCCGAAUCUUUAUCUUUCUCGGCAUGGCCUGCUCGGGUAUUCUCCCACUCGCCUAUGCAGGCCACCAAAAGGGUUGGGCCCCGACCUUGCACUUCAUUCAACCUUUCGUCAAAUCUGGACUAGCAUACUUGACAGGGCUGGUGUUUUAUGGACAUCAGUUCCCGGAGAGACAGUUCCCCGGAUGGUUUGAUCGAUGGGGCCAUUCGCAUCAGUUGUGGCAUGUUGCGAACUAG